GCCGCCGAGUCAUCGGCAGAGCCGCCGGAGAUUCCCUGUGGACAUGAAGACUUUGGCCAUCGCUGUCGCCCUCGUGGCGUUUGUAGGAGUCAGUGUGAGCGGAGAUCCUGAAGCUGAUGCUGAGCCCAGCCGCUAUGGAGGCGGCUUUGGAGGCCAUGGGGUGGUGUCCUACAGACCCGUGUACAAUAGCUACGGCUACGGACGCUGGAAGAGGAGUGCUGAGCCUGUAGCUGAGGCUGAGGCUGAUCCCGAGGCCGAUCCUUCCCGCUUCGGAUACGGGCAUGGCGGCUUUAGUCACGUGUCCUUCCAACCCGUAUACAGCAGCUAUGGCUACGGACGCUGGAAGAGGAGUGCUGAGGCUGAGCCUGUAGCUGAGGCUGAGGCUGAUCCCGAGGCCGAUCCUUCCCGCUUCGGAUACGGGCAUGGCGGCUUUAGUCACGUGUCCUUCCAACCCGUAUACAGCAGCUAUGGCUACGGACGCUGGAAGAGGAGUGCUGAGGCUGAGCCCGGAUUCAGCUUCGGUCACGGCUUCGGAGGUCACGGCCGCUUCGGAGGCUACAGGGGCUAUGGAGGCCACGGCGGAAGCUUUGGUGGACAUGGGCGUUUCUACGGCUGAAGGAUUCCUUUUUCCCAAGAUCAAUAAAGCUGAGCAAUUUCAA